UUGAUUGGAAGCUUUACUUUUAAAGGUUUUAGUGUUGCUAAUACAAUUUAUUGUGUGCUCCCUUGACAUGUCCUACAUUAAUAGAACAUAUUGGCUUCGGUUUAUUGCUUACAUUUUAUUUACUUGGUUUUAAAAAAGUUUUACAAUUACCGUCAUGUACCCCUCAGAUCUCCUUUGUUAUUAAUAAUAUUAUUAAACAUUAAUAACUGCGGUUACGCUCCUACGGUUACGCGCAUCUGUCUAAAUGAAUAGGCCCCGUGACGUAUGUCCCGGGAGCGCGCACGCACUGAACUCGAGUCGGUUCAGUCUGGUUCCGCUGCCACACUGACCACAUACAGUCAGUCAGCGAACCGCAGGUGUGAGUUUACAGUACCGCAUGUUCCCAGCCCACCACCCCGGACUCCAAACGUAACCUUUCUUUAAGUGUUUCUCAUAUUUUCACCAUGUUGUGGACGGCGAACACGAUCAUAAGGAAAUUCUCCUCGAGCUCUGCUUACUACCAAAAUAAGCUGAAGCUGGCCCUGAUUGGCCAGAGCUUGUUUGGACAGGAAGUGUACACAAACCUCCGCAAGCAGGGCCAUAAAGUGGUGGGUGUAUUCACAGUUCCUGAUAAGGACGGCAAGGCGGACCCCCUGGCGGUGGUGGCGGAGAAGGAUGGGACGCCGGUGUUUAAGUUCCCACGGUGGCGUGUGAAGGGUAAGCCUAUCCCAGAGGUGGUGGAGGCAUACAAAGCGGUGGGCGCCGAGCUGAACGUCAUGCCCUUCUGCUCCCAGUUCAUCCCCAUGAAUGUGAUCGACUUCCCCAAACACGGCUCCAUCAUUUAUCACCCCUCCAUCCUGCCUAGACACAGAGGAGCCUCUGCCAUUAACUGGACACUAAUUGAGGGUGAUAAGAAAGCAGGAUUUAGUAUAUUCUGGGCUGAUGAUGGUUUGGACACCGGCCCUAUCCUGCUUCAACAGGAAUGUCCAGUAGAGCCCAACGAUACAGUGGACACACUUUAUAACCGCUUUCUGUUUCCAGAGGGCAUUAAGGCUAUGGUAGAAGCUGUACAGCUCAUUGCAGAUGGCAAAGCUCCAAAGAUCCCUCAGUCUGAAGAAGGAGCCAGCUAUGAGGGAAUCCAAAAGAAAUCUAAUGCUAAGGUGAAUAUGGCUCAGCCAGCAGAGGUCAUCCAUAACUGGAUCCGUGGUCAUGAUAAAGUUCCGGGUGCCUGGGUUGUCAUUGAUGGAAAGCCAGUAACGCUGUACAGCUCAUCGAUGCUGAGCGGGUCAGUGCCCGCAGGUCAACCAGUCGAGGUGGAAGGGGCGUCUCAGCCUGGACUCAUUGCCAAAUCUGGGCUUAUUCUGUUUGGGUCUGAUGGAAAAGCGCUCCAGGUGAAGAACCUGCAGUUUGAGGAUAGAAACAUGAUUCCUGCAUCCAAAUACUUCUCGUCAGAUGAGGACGCCAGUUUGGAUCUCACAGACGAUGAGAAGGAAAUGGCGGAGAAAAUCAGGGCGAUCUGGAAAGGUAUUCUGAGUAAUGUUCCAGUUAUUGAUGACACAACCGAUUUCUUCAAGUCUGGAGCUGCUUCCAUGGAUGUAGUCAGACUGGUGGAGGAGGUGAAGCAGAAAUGCGGAGGAGUUCAGCUUCAGAAUGAGGAUGUCUACAUGGCCACCACCUUCCAGAGCUUCAUCCAGAUGUUCGUCCGCCGCCUGCGAGGAGAAGACCAGGAGGAGGAGCUGCUCAUCGACUACGUGACAAAAGACGUCAAUAACAUGACAGUGAAGAUGCCACAUCAGUGUUUCAUCAACGGCAACUUCGAAGAUGCCGAAGAUGGAAAGACAUACAACACUGUGAACCCAACAGAUGGUUCGGUGAUCUGUAAGGUGUCAUAUGCAUCCGUGGCUGAUGUGGACAGAGCAGUUAGUGCAGCCAAAGAAGCCUUCGAUAACGGACCUUGGGGUAAGAUGAACCCUCGUGACCGCGGACAGCUGCUCUACCGUUUGGCUGACCUGAUGGAGGAACAUCAGGAGGAGUUGGCAACUAUUGAGACGCUUGACUCUGGUGCCGUUUAUACUCUGGCCUUGAAGACACACGUUGGCAUGUCCAUUCAGACGUUCAGAUACUUUGCUGGCUGGUGUGACAAGAUCCAGGGCUCAACUAUACCCAUCAAUCAGGCCAGACCCAAUCGCAACCUCACCUUUACAAAGAAAGAGCCUCUGGGUGUGUGUGCCAUAGUGAUUCCUUGGAAUUACCCACUUAUGAUGUUGGCAUGGAAGAGUGCAGCCUGUCUGGCGGCGGGAAACACACUCGUCUUGAAACCUGCUCAGGUAACUCCACUAACCGCGCUGAAGUUUGCUGAGUUGACAGUCAAAGCUGGCAUUCCCAAAGGAGUCAUCAACAUUGUACCAGGAUCAGGUGGUCUUGUUGGGCAGAGGAUGUCUGAUCACCCUGAUAUCCGUAAGCUGGGUUUCACAGGUUCUACUCCCAUAGGCAAACAAAUCAUGAAAAGUUGUGCAGUCAGUAACUUGAAGAAGGUUUCUCUGGAGCUGGGCGGUAAAUCUCCCCUCAUCAUCUUCAGCGACUGUGACAUGGACAAAGCAGUGAGAAUGGGCAUGAGCUCGGUGUACUUCAACAAGGGAGAAAACUGCAUUGCUGCAGGCCGGCUGUUUGUUGAGGAGUCCAUUCAUGACGAGUACAUCAGGAGAGUGGUUGAGGAAAUCAAGAAGAUGAAGAUUGGAGAUCCUUUGGAUCGCUCCACAGAUCACGGACCUCAGAACCACAAGGCUCACCUGGACAAGCUGGUGGAGUACUGUGAGCUCGGGGUGAAGGAGGGGGCCACGCUGGUGUAUGGCGGGAGGCAGGUGGACAGACAAGGCUUUUUUAUGGAGCCCACAGUCUUCACAGAUGUAGAGGACCACAUGUUCAUCGCCAAAGAGGAAUCCUUUGGCCCUGUUAUGGUGGUAUCCAAAUUCAAAGAUGGUGAUGUAGAUGGAGUUCUGAGCAGAGCCAAUAACACAGAGUUCGGCCUGGCCUCCGGAGUCUUCACCCGUGACAUCAACAAGGCCAUGUACGUGAGCGAGAGACUGGAGGCGGGAACCGUGUUCGUCAACACCUACAACAAAACCGAUGUGGCGGCUCCCUUUGGAGGCUUCAAACAGUCCGGGUUUGGGAAAGACCUUGGUGAAGAAGCCCUGCACGAGUACCUGCGGACUAAAGCUGUGACGGUGGAGUAUUGAAU